CUUAUUUUUCUCGGCCACCCUCUCUCUCUCUAUAAAUAAGUGGUGAGAUGAACGCGGAGGCGUCGAUUUCCCUCCUUCCAAUCUUCAUCCUCUUUGUUUCUCGCGAGGAAUUGGAAUAGAAUCUCUCGGUCUCAGGUCGGAGAACUCUUUGGAUUUCUCUUCUUGGUUUGAAGUUUGAUUUCUUGCGUUCCUCCGUUGGUAGAACCGACGUAAAAUUUGACAUCCGACUUGCUUCUGACGGGCACAAUGGUAGAUUCAAGCAAGGAUGUUAAUGGGGGCUUCCCAGGUGACAAGAAGAUCACAGUUGUUUUUGUGUUAGGUGGGCCUGGCAGUGGAAAAGGCACCCAGUGUGCAAAAAUUGUUGAAAACUUUGGUUUCACUCAUCUUAGUGCUGGUGAUCUUCUGCGUGCAGAAAUCAAGUCUGGUUCAGAAAAUGGUUCAAUGAUCUCCAGCAUGAUAAAGGAAGGCAAAAUUGUCCCUUCUGAGGUUACUGUUGAACUUCUACAAAAGGCUAUGCUUGAGAGUGGAAACGAUAAAUUUCUUAUUGAUGGCUUUCCUCGAAAUGAAGAGAAUCGUGCUACUUUUGAGAAUGUUACAAAAAUUGAGCCAGAAUUUAUACUUUUUUUUAAUUGUCCAGAGGAAGAGAUGGAACAGAGACUUUUGAGUCGCAACCAGGGGAGAGAUGAUGAUAACAUUGAGACCAUAAGGAAGCGUUUUAAAGUUUUUGUUGAAUCCAGUAUACCUGUAGUUGAGUAUUAUGACAUGAAGGGCAAGGUUCGAAAGGUUGAUGCUCUGAAGCCUAUUGAUGAGGUCUUUGAAGCUGUAAAAGCUGUUUUCGACCCAUUUCAUGUGAAAGUUGAGUAGAGCUGCUGUGGACUGCGGUGAUAAUAACCUGCAUUAUAUAACAGGACCUGAUUGGUAAGGCUUCAAUGUUGUUGAUGGCAUCAAGGUUAGGUUAGUCUAAAGCUAAGGCAGACGACAGGAGAGUAACACCGGGAGACAUGAGGGAAGAAUAAGAUAAAUGGCACGCCGAAUGAGGCUCUUCUACUCCCAUGUACUAAACUUAUUUUUUCAAACAGAUUAUGAAUUGCAUCAUUUUAAAGGAACAAAUUUAUAUUUUGCAUAUAUGCAACAAUGAUCUAGGACGUAGGUCUUCUUCAUAUGCAUAACUAGCUUAGAAGAAAUCCAGGAGGAUUUUUUAAUGGGAAAUUAAUAAAACCAUUUUGGGUUGAGGAUCCACUCGUUGAACAUGUAGUAGAAUAUCUAACUGCCUUGAAAGCAAAAUGACUUUCCACUACCCAGAUACCAAAUGCCCCUUAGUGAGAAACUCAAUGGCACAAUUUUUUGGAUUGAGGGUUUUUUUUUUUUACCAUUUUUCAUUUUUUUUUGUCAUGGCGAGUUUGAAAUGUUCCUCAACCUUCAAAUAUACUUUAGCCUUCCCAAGUACAAAUUAUUAAUUAUCUUAGUGUUCACAUUAUUGCAGCUCUAAGUUUGACAAUCUUGGUCAUCCAGAUUGCUUAUCAUCAAUUAUUUUAGCCAUGCUGAGCUUGAAUAUGAGCCUGGAAGCAGAAGACAUCUAAAUUUUUAAAUAACUUAAUUUGUGAUGGUGGUAUACUUUAAAAUGUAG